AUGGCGGCCGCAGUGGAGGCCCCCCAGCAAUACAAGCAGCCUUCUCGAAAAGGCAAGAAGGCGUGGCGGAAAAAUGUGGACGUCUCUGAAAUCCAGGAAGGAUUGAGACAGGUCCGGGAAGAGGAGAUCCGAGGAGGUGUCGUAUCGGAGAAGCCUUCUGAAGAACUGUUUACCAUUGAUUCAACACCUUCACAAGAAAUCCAGAAAGCUUAUCGCAAGCAACACAAACCUCUCAAAGCAGAGGAGAUCCUCGCUCAACGAUCGGCUAUCCCCGCGGUAGACAGUCGCAAACGCGCAAACUCGAAAGUCACGGAUGGCGUCAUUGAGCCCAAGACCAAGAAGCACAAGAGCGACUGGGUCAGUCACAAGGAGUUGUUGCGACUGAAGCAGGUUGCGCAGGAGGGAAAACCGGUCAAGAAGGACGAGGAGGACGCUAGCUAUGACCCCUGGUCGGAUCAGAAAGACCCUACGCCGCUUGACGACCCCAAGUUUAGUUUUCUGGAGAAGCCGAAGCCGAUCGUCGCUCCUCCAACUAUCAAACAGAAACCGAUUUCCUUGGCUGCCAAUGGAAAGCCAGUUCCUGCUGUUCCAAAGCCAGACGCGGGAAGGAGUUAUAAUCCCACUUUUGAAGAUUGGGAUAACCUCCUGAAGAGGGAAGGCGAGAAGGAGGUGGAGGCAGAGAAGAAGCGAAUAGAGGAAGAAAAGAAAGAGCAGGAGAGACAACGAUUGAUCGCCGAAGCGAAAGAUGACGAUGGGGAGGUGAAAUCCGACGACGAGAGCGCUUGGGAAGGGUUUGAAAGCGAGUACGAGAAGCCAGAAUGGCUGAAUAAGAAGAGACCUGAGAGAAAGACAAAAGCACAGAGAAACAAGAUCAAGAGACGAAAAGAGGCCGAGCGAAAAGCAAAGUGGGAAGCUGAGAUGAAGAAGAAAGAGCAACAAGCGGCGCAGGCCAAGGCGAUUGCGCGCAAGGUACAGGAGGAGGAAGAAGCCCGGAAACAGAAACAGUUACAGAAACAAGAGGACGAUUCAUCAGAGGAGGGCGACGAUACCGUUCUACGACGGCGACCUCUGGGGAAGCAUUUUCCUCCUGAGAAGUCUCUAGAAGUGGUUCUGCCUGAUGAGCUUCAGGAUUCUCUCCGUCGGCUGAAGCCGGAGGGCAACCUGCUAGACGACCGAUUCAGAAACUUGAUCGUGAAUGGGAAACUCGAAGCUCGAAAACCAAUCACACAGCACAAGAAACCGAAACGGAAACUCACGGAGAAGUGGACUUACAAGGAUUUUCAGGUGCCUGGGUUACGUUUGGUACAUACUUUGAAAGAGACUUGA